AUGGCCAGCACUGGUCGCCAACCCAAGCCUCUGAGCCUGGCCGAGGUCAUCCUGCGGAAAGGGGCCGUGGCAGCUGAGGGAUCCGUGCCGCAACUCAAAUACAAGCGGGUCGCGCAUGAGUCGAGACUUCGAGACUUCAGCGCUCUCCAAGGUGUUGACAGCGAAGAGUCCAAGGAGGCGGAGGCCCAGGAGUUCGUGACAUCGCUCCUCGGGCCGGAGGACCGUAUGCCCGUGAAGUCGCAGAGGCAUGGUCAGACAACCUACAAGUUCUCCAAAGACGACGAAGCGCUGGGAAAUCUCAUCAUCAGCAUCGCUCGUGGCAAGGGCUAUGAGCCUCCAGAACAGGCCAACGAGGGCAUGUAUCUUAAUUGGAGCGGCUCGGUGGCGUCGCUGUUCGCGCCCACCAAGUCCAUGAAGUCUGACGCGGAAAGGGGAGAAGCGCAAGAGGAGGAGCAGGCGGCAUGUCCCUUCCUCACGAAGCUCUGUGACGAUCCGGCCUUGCAAGGCUGCUGCAACUUCCCGCUGGAUCAGGCCAAGAUCCACAUCGGCAGCGACGAGGGCGCCUGCGACAUCGUGCUGAUGGGCGUCGGGAUCAUGCCAGACAUGUGCGCGGUGCACUGUGUGGCGGGCGAGGUCCAGGUGGAGGCACUGCCCUCUGAUGAUGGCAGCACGGUGCGAGUGCUUCUGAACGGGAAGAUGUUGAGGCCCGGGGAAGCCGAACCUAUGAAGCACUCAGACUGCCUCAUUCUGGGCUACUCUCAUGCCUUCCGCCUGUGUGAGCCGAAUCCGGACAGGAUCAAGGCGGCUGGCUCAUCGGACUUCCUGCAAGUGGCGCGCAGCUCCAUCCCGAAGCUGGACGUGGCAACGGCCUUCGAAGAGGCGGUGACUGUCGAAGGCCAUGCCCUGGAGGAUAGCGGCGACAGGGUCAGCGCCUUCUCCUUCAUCAACAACCUCAGCACCCGCACCAACGACUCCACGGUGAAGAACUUCCUCAGCGCACUGCAUCACAUUCACCCACUUGUGGAGGAAGCAAAUGUCAUCACCAGGGAGGUGUUUGGAAAUGCAGAUCUGCAUUUGGAAAUCCAUACACUCACUGACGUGCUGGACUUCCAAAAUGACGCGCCCGAGAUUGUGAUUUGCUGCUUGGAGAAGCCUUCCCCUCUAUCCCGCUUCCAGCAGACGGUGAACACGGUCCAGCAGUGCUUGCGCAGCCCCACGGCACCGACCUCUUCCCAGGAUCUGGCGGACAAGCGUUGGAUGCUGGGAUGCGCCAAACACCCGUUGGCCCAUGCCAUGGGUUUGGAUGAGCAUAUGACCAUUCAAGGGCACGGCCACCUGUUGUCCAUCUUCUCGCUGGAGGAUUUCCUGCAGCGCCUCAGCGAGAUUCGUGACUUGUAUCAGGAUGCCUGUGAGAUGGGAGAGGGCUUCGAAGCGUUGCGCCAGCAGCUGGCCUCGCAGCCCUUCCAGAACCCUUGGAGUCAGAGCAGCUUCAACCACAUGAAGGUCUUGGCCGAAGAGGCGGCUUCCAUCAGGACGAGCCCACUGCUGCGGUGGCUGCUGCGCACCCCAAACAAGGCCCCCAUCGAGAAGGCUCCGCCGCCAGGCGCAAGCAUCAACACCAUUGCCCAGUCUGGUGGCCCGAUCAGCGACCUUAAGAGGAGGCCCUCGGUGGCAGAGAGCUGCACAUCAGCUCAAAGCUCCGGACAUAUCUUCCCGGUGGAUAUCCGCGGCCAGGACAAGCCGACCCCGCGCACGAAUGCUAUGGCAGGCAUCUUUGAGGUCGACAACACUCCCAUCCCCAGCCUGAACUCCUACCUGAAGGGAUUGAUCACCGACCCCUCCAGCGCAGACAUCCAGCUUGCAAUCAGCGAGAAUGGGGAAGGUCCGGAGUCUACACUGGUGCACGCUCACAGCAUUGUCUUGUCACGGUUGCCGUUCUUCCGUCGCCUGAUUGCUGAUCACAAGGCCAUGGGGAAAUUCCCCAUCAUCGUUCCUCAUGCUUUGUCCGUGUGCAUUCUUCGGCAACUCCUGGUGUAUGCAUACACCGACAGCGCCAAAGAGGCCACGGCCAACCUCUCACCAAACAUGCUGCGCCAGCUCCAGAAGGCAGCCUCCAAUUGCAGCAUGCCGGAGCUGUGCAAGGCGUGCAUGACCAAGCUCAGCGGACAAGAGUCUGCCUCGGACGGCUCCUCGGCGAAGACACCAGGAGGGCCCCCUGGAAACACUGUGCGCCGUCGCAUCUCGCGGGCCAAUUCCCAGCAACAGGUCAGAAUGGCUGAGCGAUCCGGCUCCGGCUCUGAGCGGGGACUGCCAGUGCUGCUGAGCAAGAAGUCGUCCCUGAGCGACAGCUCGCAGGGAGGAAGCCUCAAGCUCAAGCAGAACAUCGUCCGCGAGCCCUCCUCCAAGGCCUUCGAGUCCGGCGAGAACUCCGACACCGGCAGUGUGGGCCAGCCAGGUGCUAUGGAGUCAAGCUCAAGCGUUUGCACGACGCCCGUGGACGGAAGGGAUGGCGGAGAUGAGAUUGCGCGCUCCCAUGUGCGACUCAGUUCCGGGAGCCUGCGGGCCUUUGCGGAAGAGAUGGCUGAGCUGCGGCGCCUGCUGCUGGCGCACCCCAAGGCCCAGGGCAAGGAGAUCCCGAAGCGCGCCACGGAGCUGCUGGAGGAUCUGCAGUCGAGCAUGAUGGAGACGAUUCGCUCUGAAUUCCGAGGAUGCUUGAAGGAAGCGCAGGAGGAAAGACUGGCGCCCCAGGUAGAGCCUGCGACGCUCUCAUCUCUUGCUACCGGCAUCACGUCGCAGAUUCACACACUGCGCGAGGACCUGAUGUCCAUGCUGCACAAGGAGAGCACCCCGACCGUCCCGCUCGCCUCCCAGCCCGCCCGCGUGGCCUCGCGCAGCCCCAUCCGCAUGGUGGGCAGCCGCGAGGAGAGCCCACCCGCGCGGAUGGGCGGCUUCAGCACGGAGCCAGUGGCGCGCUUCGACCGACAGGCCGCCACGCCGCCCUUGUCGAUGGUGCCCAUGGGCUCCGCCCCAAGCUUGGCCCCCGGCGCAGCCGGCUCGGCCAAGCCCAUGCAGCGGCUGGUGAUCCAUGCCUCCACGAGCCAGCUCCCGGGCACCGUGACGCGCGCCCCUUCACCAAGCGCCUCGCCUUGCUACGUCCUGCCCUGUUUCCGAAGCGCUCCCCAGACCAGGGCGGCGCAGACAAGGUCUGUUUCCCCGCUGCCACGCAGCCCGUUUUGGCAAAUGAGCAGCGGGGCCGGCCCGAGCGGUCAAAAGAGAUCAGGAUGGUGGGCUGCUCACCAAAAUCCGCAGUUGUCGGUGAAGUUCAACAACCGGAGCCCGCGCCCUCGCAUGAACGUCUCGGCGUCGGGGACCUUGCUGCCGCCCUCGCCCUGGCAAACGCUCCAGGAGCCAGUUGCUUUGGAUCCUUCAAAGGCAUCGGCAACUGGGCCGCCCACCGCCAACCCAUCACAAGUCAGCUCACCCGACAUGCAUGCAGUAGAGACUCUCAAGCUGUGA